AAAAAGACAAUACGAUAGGUCGGUGUUUAACGUAUUACCGGGCAGCCGACCUGAUUUCCAUAUCAAAAACCCCCGGGUGCGAUGCUCAGUUUGAAACACCGUCUAACCACCACCAUGUCCACCGCCGCUGCUGCAGCCACCAUGCUUUCUUCUUCUUCAAUCUCUCUCAGAAACCCACGGCUAAAUACACCUCCAAAUUCCAAUAUAUUCCGUACUACUACUACUAGUCUUCAGCCACCUGCCAAUUUAUCCUUCCCCAAACUUUCACUUCGCUGUUUCGCUUCCGCUGCUGCUACCUCCUCUGUUGAGAAAAUUCAUGUUCUUAAUCCAAUUGUCGAAAUGGACGGGGAUGAAAUGACUAGGAUCAUAUGGCAGAUGAUUAAAGACAAGUUGAUAUUACCGUAUGUAGAUAUGGAUAUAAAAUAUUAUGAUUUAGGAAUAUUGAAUCGUGAUGCUACAAACGAUCAAGUUACGGUUGAAAGUGCUCAUGCUGCUCUCAAAUAUAAUGUCGCUGUAAAAUGUGCUACAAUUACACCUGACGAGACGAGAGUCAAGGAAUUUGGUUUGAAGUCUAUGUGGAGGAGUCCCAACGGCACUAUCAGGAAUAUCUUAGACGGGACUGUUUUUCGUGAGCCUAUUAUGUGCAAGAACGUUCCAAGGAUAGUUCCAGGCUGGACAAAACCAAUCUGUAUUGGUAGGCAUGCCUUUGGUGACCAGUAUCGUGCUACUGAUACGGUCAUCAAAGGCCCAGGAAAACUCAAGAUGGUUUUUGUUCCUGAGGACGGUGAAACUCCCUUGGAGCUUGAUGUUUUUGAUUUCAAAGGUCCUGGUAUUGCACUUGCUAUGUAUAAUGUUGAUGAGUCCAUACGUGCCUUCGCCGUAUCAUCAAUGGCAAUGGCGCUUUCGAAGAAAUGGCCUUUAUAUUUGAGCACCAAAAAUACUAUAUUGAAGAAAUAUGAUGGCAGGUUUAAGGACAUCUUUCAGGAGGUAUAUGAAGAGAAUUGGAAGGAUAAAUUUGAACAACAUUCAAUAUGGUAUGAGCAUCGGCUAAUUGAUGACAUGGUGGCAUAUGCACUAAAAAGUGAUGGUGGUUAUGUCUGGGCAUGCAAGAACUAUGAUGGAGAUGUUCAGAGUGAUUUACUUGCGCAAGGAUUCGGUUCUCUUGGCCUCAUGACUUCUGUUUUGCUAUCAUCGGAUGGGAAAACACUGGAAGCAGAGGCAGCCCAUGGGACCGUAACCCGUCAUUUUCGGCAACACCAAAAGGGGAAUGAAACCAGCACAAACAGUAUUGCUUCUAUCUUUGCAUGGACAAGAGGACUUGAACAUCGAGCUAAGUUGGAUAAAAAUGAGAGAUUGGCUGAUUUCGUUCAAAAGCUAGAGGAUGCAUGUGUUGAGACAGUUGAGUCAGGAAAGAUGACCAAGGAUCUUGCUAUUCUAAUUCAUGGUCCCAAGGCAUCAAGGGAGUUCUACUUGAACACUGAAGAGUUCAUUGAUGCUGUUGCCCAGAAUCUGGAGUCAAAGCUUCAACCUCUUGCAUCAGUUCAUUAAAGAAAAAUAUUGACCCAGUCCUGCGAAAAUGGAUGCUAGACAUCGCCACCAUUAACAAUUGCUUACAACAGGUGUGUUCCUCUCUCCAGGAUAUUUUUUGCACACUAUGUCCAAAGGAACACCUCAAUAAUAUUAUUAUGCUUGAUAAGCUGAUGCUAUUAUGUUACUUUUGUUAUAGAUUGUCGAGUCCCCAAUUUUUUUUAUAAAUAUAUGUUUGGUCGGCUAGCCAUGCAAUGCAAGUAGUAUAGACUAAAGGUGUAUAUUGUUCUCAUGACGGUGUUGCAAUGAUGUCACAAUGAUCCUGAUAGUUAUCCAAUGUUACUACGAAAUGUGCUAAGUGCAACAAAUGCAUCCCUAUUGUUGACUAGGUGCAACAAACACAUCGCUAUUGUUGUGGUCGGCUUCUAAAGAAACAACAUGGAUGCAUUUGUUGCACUUAUUGCACGUGGUAGUAAUAAUAUAAGAUGUUUAUUUA